UCAGAAAAAAAUGGGCCACAACCAGGAAGAAUCAAGCUGUCGAAUAUGUCUAACUGCCGACGAGGAAACGCUCCAAAUGUGGCCACUGUUUGAGGUAUCCAUAGAACGGAAGACACCAGCCGCGAUCAUUCAUUACUGCUUUGGAAUAGAGGUUUCAGAAAAUGAACAAACCAAUGAGAUUUGUGAAAACUGCAAAAGCGAUCUCGAAGCAGCUCAUCGAUUCUUGAAUCACUUGCGGCCAGCUGAUGAGAAGCUUGAAACCCUAACACCAAAGAUUGAGAUGGGUAUUUUCCACGACACUGAAGUAUAUAUUACUGAAGUCGAAAUCAAAACAGAAGCUUUUGAUGAACAGAACGAUGCACAAAGCGAUGAGCAGAGCGAAAACGAAGAACACACCAUCACUGAACUAAUUUACCCGAAAAGGCCAAGAAAGUCCUCGAAUGAAGAUGUCUCCCCACCCAAGGAAGAACCAAAACCAAAAAUCAGAAAAAUUCCCCUUAAAACUGUUCCCAUUACAACGGAGUCCCCUUACUCAUCGGAAGACGAUCACAUUGACGAGAGUGACUACGAACAAAAUAUGAGCUCAUAUGAUGAUGACGAUGAAGACGACCGAGGAAAACCGGCACCCAAACGACUCUACUAUGGAGUCAAAUCCAACUCUCAACCGAAACGUUGCUGUUCAUGCAAGGAACCGCUAGACUCACAUGAAAAAGCGCAAAAACAUUCCGAAACGUACCAUUUGACCUCUCGGAUCACCAAUCCCAAGGAGUUUGGCGAGAAAGUCUUCGAAUGUCCUGUUUGCUACAAACGUUUCGACACCAAAAUGUUGUUCCUCCAACAUCAACGAAAAAUGUACGUCGAUGUGCUGCAUCCCUGCCCGAGAUGCGAAGAAGAAUUUGCCAAUCUAUUCGUACUGAAGAAGCACAUCAAAUUCGAUCACAAGAAAAAGUUCAUCGUUACCCAGCUGGAAGAGAUGCGCAGUAAGGCGAACAUUUGCUGUGGCUGCAAAGAGAGAUUCCUAACAACGGAGGCCCUCAAAGAGCACGUCGAAAGAACGCACUAUCGUGAACGGGUGCUCAGUGAAACCUCCAAUACAUUCGAAUGCGAUGUCUGCUAUCAUCGAUUCAAAACGUACAAAUCGCUGAAACACCACCAACUGAGGUUUUUCAAAGAAAAAAAGUUCGUCUGUACUCUAUGUGGGAAAUUUUUCCGCGAAAAGGUUCGCCUGGCGGAACAUGAGAAUUUGCAUCGGAAAAUUGCAACCUUCCAGUGUGCUUACUGUCCUGCAAAAUUUGCAAUCAAAAAUUCCUACGAAGUUCACGUGAAAAUGCAUGACGCCGAAGAGCGCUAUAAUUGCGAAUAUUGCGGCAAAGGCUUUCGGAAGAAAAGUCUUCUGAUGGGUCACCUGCAGAUACACGAUACGGAUCGACCGUUCAAGUGUCAUCUCUGUCCGAUCACCUUUACCAGGCAGAACCUGCUGGAUGCACAUCUGUUGGCACACAGCGGUUCGAAACCGCACAAAUGCAAACAAUGUGCGGCGUCCUACAUCCAUCAGCGAGACUUAAGAAGACACAUCCGGGAGAAGCACGAAGGCAUUCGGAGCUUCAAGUGUCAUCUCUGUCCGAAGGCUUACAUCAGGCAAAAGUUGCUGGAUACUCAUUUGAAAACUCACGACGACUGAUGGAGAUGUGGUU